UGUUAAUUGGGUUUAUGGGUUGUGUUUCGAGUUUUUUUUGGUUCUUGUUAUUAGUCUUGGUUAUUGGGCUAAUGGUUUGCUGGCAUAUUGUUGUCUUUUUUGGUAGUUUCUUGGUCAUGAGAAUUGGUUGAGUGCUGUUAGUUGUGUAAUCUUUAUUGAAUGUUUGGUAUGUCCAACUUCUGAUUUCUAAUGAUACCUCCUUCGCUUGCUUUCACACACAGAGCAGGUGUGUUUGUGGGUGUAAAUGUCCCUCUGUUUGUUGUGUUGUGUGUGCUGAAUACACUCAAUUGUGUGUGUUUCAAUGGUCUGAUGAAUUUCCAAUGAAACACAGAGCCCCACCAUCCCCCACCCCACACAGACAAGCAGCACAAGUACCUUUUUUUUUUUUGAGGGGGCCUUAAGGCUUCUUAGUUGGCCUUGUUGAUAUCUGGUUUAUUCUAGUCCCCAUUCAGAUCUUCAUGAUUGGUCAGCUUUUUAUUUUUAUUUUUUGCCUCCUAUACUUGCUUCACACUCAUGGUUCUGGUAUCUUCUUUGUGAUUGCCUCGGUGAGCUAUUCACAAACCAUGGAUGAUGAGUACGAAAAAUUUAUUAGAAGAAUGAAUCCACCCAGAGUUGUUAUUGAUACCGAAUCUUGCAAAAAUGCAACUGUUAUACAGGUGGACAGUGCUAACAAACAUGGCAUACUGCUGGAAGUUGUACAAGUGCUAACUGACCUUAAUCUGAUAAUUACCAAGGCUUAUAUAUGCUCUGAUGGAGGAUGGUUUAUGGAUGUCUUCAAGGUCACUGAUCAAGAUGGGAACAAGAUAACUGAUGAAGGGGUGCUAGAUUACAUUCAGAAGUCGCUUGGUCCAGAUUCUUGUUUUGCGUCGUCUAUGAGAAGAUCUGUUGGGGUUGUAUCAGCAAUGGACCACACCUCAAUUGAAUUAAUUGGAAGUGACAGACCAGGUCUACUUUCUGAAGUCAGUGCUGUCCUAACCCACCUAAAAUGCAAUGUGGUGAAUGCUGAGGUUUGGACCCACAACACCAGAGCUGCAGCUGUAAUGCAAGUAACUGAUAAAGAAACUGGGGCUGCAAUUACCGACCCUGAGAGGCUGGCUAUGAUCAAGCAGCUCCUCUGUAAUGUACUCAAAGGCAGCAACAAGUCCAGGGAGGCUAAGACUGUUGUUUCACAUGGCGUUACUCACACUGAGAGAAGGCUUCACCAGAUGAUGUUCGCUGACCGAGACUACGAACGUACCGGCCAUGAGACCUUAAAUGAAAGAGAAAGGCCUAAUGUCAAUGUUGUUAAUUGGUGCGAUAAAGACUACUCAGUAGUUACAAUCCGGUGCAAGGAUAGGCCCAAACUCCUCUUUGACAUAAUCUGUACGUUGACUGACAUGCAGUAUGUGGUUUUCCAUGGAAAUGUUGAUGCUGAAGGACCAGAAGCUCAUCAGGAGUAUUGUGUAAGACAUGUAGAUGGAUCCCCUGUGAAAUCAGACGCGGAGAGGCAAAGAGUAAUCCAAUGUCUUGAAGCAGCUAUUGAAAGAAGAGUGUCUGAGGGAUUGAAACUGGAAUUAUGCACUACAGACAGAGUUGGGCUUUUGUCUGAUGUCACUCGUAUCUUCCGUGAAAAUAGCCUUACUGUCACCAGAGCAGAAGUGUCAACUAGAGCAGGCAAAGCUUCUAAUACAUUCUAUGUUAGUGAUGCUUCUGGAUAUCCCAUUGAUGGAAAGAUUAUAGACUCUAUUCGGCAAACAAUAGGACAGACAAUACUCAGAGUAAAAGGUUGCCCAGAAGAGUUAAAUCAAACUCCACAAGAAUCUCCGACAAGGUUCCUCUUUGGUGGUCUCUUCAAGUCCAGAUCCUUUGUCAACUUCGGCUUGGUUAGAUCCUACUCUUGAACGCGUUAGUCCUUAGCGCUUCUGAUGUAUAUUCCUCAACUUAGAUAUCUACGUUAGGUUUUCAUCCAAAGUCAGCACCACAUACAGCUUGUUCUUGAGGUUGAAAAAGAAAGUUAGAGAUUGAGGUUAGUCUUUAGUGCCUGUAAAUAUUGUCCAGUUACUUCCCUUACCUAUGUAUUUAUUCAUGCAUCCAAUAUAACGUUGGAUUGAUGAAUGUUGUGAUGGAAUUUUAAUCAUGCAAUUGGCAACAAAGAUUGAGUCAAGAAUGAGCAA